AUGAUGCAUGAAAAAGACGACGAGCCCCACUCGAAACCGCUCGCUGAUCGGGUGGACGAAUCCGAAGAGGAUCUUGAGUCCCUGUCAUCAGCUCCGGACGUAAGGGAACAUGGAAGACAGCGAAGACGAGGCUGGAGGAUCGCAGCCGCGGCAGCGGUCUACAUCGUCUCAAACCUCAUCUCUAUGCGCAUGGGUGCCCACAUGGCUUCGGACAUGGCGGACCUGGAUGGCGCCUGUGCUGCUCACACAACGCAAUGGUCGCCUGUAUUAAAAGACGUGGAUGUCAAAUACGACUGGAAGCACUUCAACGGAUCAUUUUUACAGGAAGACAUAUUUAGGAAACAAGCUUCACCAGAGGUUGAUGCAGCGUGGGAGUCGAUGGGCGUGGACUACCGCGCCGGAGUCAUCUCAAUUGAAGAUGGGUUGAGGAGCGGCCUGGACAUGUCUUUUGUGAGGAGAUCAGAAAAGUACGGCGCGGGCUUCUUUGUCAACGUCGAGGGAAUGCACCACCUUCACUGUUUGAACCUGGUUCGGAAAUCCCUCUAUUACAACUAUGACUACUAUAAGAAGAUGGGCACUCAUGCCUUUGCCAACGAGGAGCACAUUGUGCGUCUUCACGUCUACACCAUCAGGCAGGUCCUGGUCUGCAACGUCGAUACCGGUGUUCUGGGCCAGGUCUGGGCCAGCGAUCCCCCGGCUCCUUUUCCUGACUUCAAUACCAAACAUAUGUGCAAGAACUACGGAGCGAUACAAGAAUGGGCGGAGAAGCUUCAGGCUCCUCCCGUCGAUACCCUCCCUGGCGAUUAUACAGCACCUCCCGAGCCAAGUGAUGUCAUUCCCACAACACCUUGA